GUUCCCUCCCCUGCUGAGUUCUGGCAGCUAUGGAAACGGCAAGCCUUGCUCUCGGGACAGAGCUGCUUGGACUGGGUUUGCAGGUCAGUUGUGGGAGCUCACUGGGCUUCCCCCUUCCUUUCCAGCUUGGGCCUUCCCAGGACGAGGCACCUACUGGUGCCCACAGACCGAGAGGCAUGAGCUCUGGGGCAGUAGCGGUGGCACCUCUGGCCAGAAACGUGGUGGUGUAUCGCAAUGGGGACCCCUUCUUCCACGGCAAGAAGUUUGUGGUGAGCCAGCGCCGGUUCCUGACCUUUGAGGCCUUUUUGAACGAGGUGACCAGCACAAUCCAGGCCCCCAUGGCGGUCAGGAGCAUCUAUACCCCACGGCAGGGCCAUCGGGUCUCCGACCUGGACGAGCUGCAGAAUGGGCGCCAGUAUGUUGCUGGAGGCUUUGAGCGGUUCAAGAGACUGGAUUAUCUAAACCCUGGAAUGAAGCAACUCAGUGGGAACCAGAAAAAAGACAGAGUGCAGAACCAUCCAGUUGUUCCCCAGAGGAUACCUGUUUCGACACGAUGGAGGAGACAGGUGAACUUGCCCUGCAUUAUACAUGUUUUCCGCAAUGGGGACUUGCUGAGUCCCCCCUUCCGCCUGAUACUCACCAAGGGCACUGUGCAGGAAUGGAACUCUGUCCUGGCCCUCUUGUCACAAAAGGCAAACCUACGGAGUGGAGCAGUUAAAAAGCUCUGCAAGUUGAAUGGCGAUGCCGUCUCCAGUGGGGAGGAUUUGGUGAGUGGCGACUACUACGUGGCCGUGGGGCUGGAGAAGUACAAAAGUCUGCCCUAUUUUGAACUGUUGGUGCCCCCAAAGAUAGCGCACCGGUCACUGCGGAACCUCUCUCGUAACAGAAGAAGGAACUACAAUCGAGAGUUUGAUAAGCAACCCCUGGCUCUCCAAGAUGGGUCCAGUGACUCGGCACUCCUUGAAUCCCCACGACAGCGGAACCUUCGGAGGGUGCAGUCCAUGGGGAUUGUGCAGAAAGUGAACAGCCCAAAUUCUUCUGGGGUGCAGCGCAAAAAAGCCAGGAAACAUCCAUGCAAAGAUGAGGAGUCCAUCUUUCAUGCCAAGCCAAGCCAAGCUGGGCAGGUCAGCAAGAACUCGCACCAGAAUUCUGACCAAGACGAAGAAAGUGUUUAUAAAAUGAAAGGGGCAAGGGAAGAGAUUAAGGAUGCCCAGGAAAUUGGGGAAGAUGAAAACACGCAGGUGGAUUUGCCUCUUGAUCAGAAAGCUGCAGAGACAGUGGAGGAGGAAGUCAUGCUGAAAACUAAAGCAUUGCCCCACAAGGUUGAGAAUACUGACAAGCUACAGAAGGCCCACACCAUUCAGCAUUCUGCUGGCGACUCGAGGAAGUGACAAGCAAGCCCUGAUUCCACCCGGCCUGAAGAGACUGAGCUGCGGCUGAGAAAUGACUGUGAUAAAACCAGGACCCAGCAAGGCUUUUCCUGUGGGGGGUGGGGGAGAUCUUAAACCAACUGCAUGCUGGUUUUGUGCAGUCUUUGUCUCGAAUGCUUAUCUUAUGGAUGAUCUCGAAAUAAAUUUGUAAAAUCAGAA